AUGGCUCCCUCUGCCGACUCGGGAUGCUUUCCGAUCCUCUUAUCAAGUCAGCAGCAGCAGACGGGUCACAAUCACAGCUUCCCUGUGUCCAAAUCUGUGGUCAACGCCUCGGUACUGCAUGGAAAACUCGACCUGCGCUUAGAGACGAGAACUAUCGAAGAUCCAGCAUGCGGGGAAGUACAAAUCCAGAUCAGGUCGACCGGCAUAUGCGGCUCAGAUGUCAGCUACUACAAGAAGUUCGCCAACGGUGACCUCUGCGCUUGUGCUCCAUUGUCACUCGGACAUGAAUCAUCAGGUGUUGUUGUCGGAAUCGGUCCUCAAGUCAAUGGCUUCAAACUUGGUGAUAGAGUUGCUCUUGAAGUCGGCAUACCAUGUGGUCAAUGUACCAUCUGCCGCAAAGGAAGGUACAACUUAUGUAAGAAAAUGAGAUUCAGAAGCAGUGCGAAAAGCGUACCUCAUUUUCAGGGUACACUCCAGGAGAGAAUAAAUCAUCCAGCCAUCUGGUGUCACAAGAUCCCAGAUCAUGUGUCAUUCGAUGCAGCAGCACUUUUGGAGCCCCUUUCAGUCGCCAUACAUUCCGUCAACAGGGCAGCACCAAUACCAGGCUCAACCGCUCUAGUAAUUGGGGCUGGCACCGUGGGUCUCCUAGUCGCAGCUAUGGCACGUCAAUCCGGAUGUACCUUUGUCACCAUCAUGGACGUCGAUGAAGGUCGCGUCGAGUAUGCGUUAUCAAAAGGAUUCGCAACCCACGGAUUCGUCGUCCCUAAACCACUUCACUCAAGCUCAUCCUCCUCCUCCAUUUUUACCGAUGGCACCUCUACACCAGUCUCAUGUGACGGGAUCAUGACUCCAAUCUCCGCAUACAGCAGUCUUAGUGAUCGUCUCGACGGCGCGAAAGCAAUGGCCGCUGAAGUACUCGCCGUCCCAAGAGCCGACAUGGUUACGCUUGAAGAAGACGAGGAUGAAGGUGUCGAUGUCACGUUCGAGUGUACCGGAAAGGAAGUCUGCAUGCAAACCGCGCUUUAUGCCACAAAACCCGGCGGCAAAGUUAUCAUGGUUGGAAUGGGCACUCCUAUCCAGACUGUUCCGCUCUCUGCCGCUCACCUGCGCGAGGUCGAUAUCUUGGGCAUUUUCAGAUACGCAAACACAUAUCAGACUGGUAUCAGAUUACUCGGUGCCAAAGGACCCAUGGCAAUUCCAAGUCUGGAUGAUAUGGUCACUCAUAAAUUUAAAGGGCUUGGGGCUGCCAAAGCUGCUUUUGAGCUGGCUGGUCGGACGGUAGACAAUGAUGGGAAAUUGGUUCUGAAGGUUGUAAUUGAGGCUUAG